AUGAUUGGCAAUACCCACAGCCUUGAGAGAGCUAUUCGGUGGGACAUUGAAGAGAAUGCAAAUUUUGCCGUGAACAGCGUCGGCACCUUCGCGCAUAAGAAUCUCUACGAUGUCAACAGCUUCGCCGACUUUUAUUCCUGGUUUCGCCUAGGCUUUGCAGCAAUCUACAUGCCACAGAGCAGCAGCGUGUCGGAGGGCUCCAGCCUCAGUACUGCAGCCCUUUCGGCCCGGGAGAAGCAAGUCUACCGCGAUGUGAAACGAAAGCUUGGGCCGGUCAAGCUGUCGCAGCAGACUGCCAAGGCCACUGCUUGCGACAAUUUUGAUUUGCUGCAGGCCAUAGACAAUACAACCACCAGUGACAGUUGUUCCGAAUUAGGGAAGGACUUCACCAUUCAGCCCACAGACUUCGACGUUGGGUUUUUGGAUUUCAUUGAGGACUCCAACAAGACUAGAUGGUUCAGCUUCUUGGACGAUCCCAGCGACAAGAUCACACAGCUGGAGAGGAGCAACUGGCUCAGCGCACAGACUGAUCACUGGAAGAUCAGCAUGGUGCUUUAUAACCCGGACUUUGACAUCCUCACACUCACCGAUAUUCACUUCUUGCUGGCCCGCUCGGGACGGAUUUGGAAGCAGAUCACCUUGAUGUCCUUGAAAAUGAGACCUUACGCCAAUCUUUGGUUACUUUGCUGGGAGAUCCUUUUCUUCCUCAGCAUUUUGAGCAUCUUGGCGGAGGAAGUGCAUCAAAUCAUCACCGGUUUGAUGUCCGAACGCGAGAGACGGUGCGUGAGAUUCUUCCUGAAGUACAUUCGUGUGUGGACCUUGAUUGACUGGGCAUCCAUCAUCAUUGCCUUCACCUUACUAGGGCUUUGGGUCCACACGGUUCAGGAGCGGCAUGCCUUGCAGGUGUCACUGCAGACUCUCCUGAUCACCUGCAACUCGGGCAAUCAAGCACAGUGCCAGGGCUACCAAGAUGAUGUGGUGCGAAUGGCCACCGCUGCAGGGUCGUUGGCGGAGCAGACCACCUUGGUCAGCAGUGGGACGCUCAGAUUUGGAGCACCAGAUACGCUUGGCUUUCGCGGUCCCAGUCAGUGGUGA